UUGUUUACGAAAUAAUAACCUAAAAAGUUUAAAAACUCGAGAAACUUGAAAAGAGUUCUGACACAAAAUACAUUUUAAUCAAGUCGUAACUUUCACUGGUAACGUCAUUUAUUCACGUCCCAUGACGCUGCUACUGCGACGCGGUGUGCAUAAUUCAUUUGCAUUUCGUUUUCAAAAUUAUAGUAGUCAUCGUAAUCUAAGUCGCCAUUACAAGUUAUUACGUAGCGAAUACCGUUACUCGUCGGAGUGGGGGCUCGGACGUGCGAGGGGGGUUCGUAUCAACUUCAACGGUGCGGGCACGGUAGGAGCGCGAGUUUACUCUGUCAGUCGGUCAUUACGGUAUUUUUCUGUGUUACGUCCCACAUUUACGAUCUUGAAAGAAAAAGUGACAAUGCCAGAAAACAAACCGUUCCAGCGUCUUCCGAAAAAUGUUGUGCCUAAACAUUAUGAACUGGAAUUGGUUCCGAAUCUCGAUAAGUUUACAUUUACCGGAAAGACCAGGGUGAAAGUAUCGAUCGUUAGUUCUACCAAAGAAAUAGUGCUCAAUAGCUUAGAUUUGGAACUCAAAGCUGUCGAACUGCAGUAUGACGAUGGCGGUUCAGUCAAGACUCUCCAUCCGGCUGAAGUGCGACUGGUGCCCAGUGACGAAACCGCGAUUAUCACGUUCGACGAGGCGCUGCCCGAAGGCGCAGCGACACUGUCCUGCGAGUUCAUCGGCGAGAUCAACGAUAAGAUGAAGGGUCUGUACCGCAGCAAGUACCUGACUCCGGGCGGAGAGGAGCGGUACGCUGCCGUCACUCAGUUCGAGGCCACGGACGCUCGCCGAUGUUUCCCGUGCUGGGACGAGCCUGCUAUUAAAGCCACGUUCGAUAUUACGCUAGAGGUGCCAGCCGAUAGAGUUGCUCUAUCUAACAUGCCCGUGAAGGAGGAGAAGGUCAAUGGGGACAAGAGAAUCUUACAGUUUGACACAACUCCCAUUAUGUCCACCUAUCUUGUAGCAGUUGUGGUCGGAGAGUACGACUAUGUUGAGAAGACCUCCAGAGAUGGAGUCCUGGUGAGAGUUUAUACCCCUGUAGGAAAGAGUAAACAGGGUUUAUUCGCUUUGGAAGUCGCAGCAAAAGUACUGCCAUACUAUAAGGAAUAUUUUGAAAUUGCUUAUCCAUUACCAAAAAUUGACCUAAUAGCUAUAGCAGAUUUCUCUGCUGGUGCAAUGGAAAAUUGGGGACUCGUGACAUACAGAGAGACAUGCCUUUUAGUAGAUGAGGAACAUACAUCUGCUGUAAGACGACAGUGGAUUGCGUUGGUGGUGGGCCAUGAGCUAGCUCACCAGUGGUUCGGUAAUCUGGUCACUAUGGAGUGGUGGACCCAUCUUUGGUUAAAUGAAGGCUAUGCAUCCUUUGUUGAGUUCCUAUGUGUGAACCAUCUCUUCCCUGAGUAUGAUAUUUGGACUCAAUUUGUUACAGAAACAUACAUAAAAGCGCUAGAGUUAGAUUGUUUGAAAAAUUCACAUCCCAUUGAGGUACCAGUGGGACACCCAUCUGAGAUUGAUGAAAUUUUUGAUGACAUCUCAUACAAUAAGGGUGCAUCUGUUAUACGCAUGUUGCAUAGAUACAUUGGUGAUGAUGAUUUCCGUAAAGGCAUGCACAUUUAUCUAACAAGACAUCAGUACAAGAAUACAUUCACUGAGGAUUUGUGGGCCGCUUUAGAGGAGGCUUCAAACAAACCAGUUGGUGCAGUGAUGUCUACAUGGACUAAACAAAUGGGGUUCCCUAUGGUUGAGGUCAGCUCUGAACAAAAGGGCUCGAAUCGUAUAUUAAAGCUGACUCAGCAGAAAUUCUGUGCUGAUGGCAGUCAGGGGGAUGACACAUUAUGGAUGGUGCCCAUUACUAUAUCCACUCAGGAACAACCAUCUAAGGUGGCGCUCUCCACGGUGUUAGAGAAACGAUCGCAGGAAGUAGUGUUGGAAAAUGUUGCUGAAGAUUCGUGGGUCAAGCUCAAUCCGGGCACUGUGGGAUACUACCGCACUCGGUACCCGGCGGCCAUGCUGGAGCAGCUGGUGCGCGCCGUGCGCGACGGCUCGCUGCCGCCGCUCGACCGCCUCGGCCUGCUGGACGACUGCUUCGCGCUCGUGCAGGCGGGGCAUACGCACACCGCUGAGUCGUUAAAACUGAUUGAAGCAUUCAGCGAUGAAACAAACUUCACAGUUUGGUCUUCAAUAUCCAACUGCCUCUCCAAGCUGAGCGCCCUGUUCUCGCACACUGCUCUGGACAAGCCACUGAAAAACUAUGGAAGGAAACUGUUUGCUAACAUUACCAAGAAAUUGGGUUGGGACGCUGAAGAAAAGGAAAGUCAUCUCGACACACUACUCCGGAGCUUGGUUCUGAAUAAAAUGAUAAGUUUCGAAGAUCCAGAUACAUUGAAAGAAGCUAGGAGCCGGUUCGAGAAGCACAUGUCAGGAGCGUGCACGCUGCCGGCCGACCUGCGCUCGGCGUGCUACCGCGCCGUGCUGGCGGAGGCUGACGAGGAUGCCUUCCAGCGGUUCCUGCAGCUGUACCGCGCCGCCGACCUGCACGAGGAGAAGGACCGCAUCAGCCGCGCGCUCGGCGCCGUCAAGGACCCCGCGCUGCUCAAGCGCGUGCUCGACUUCGCCAUCUCGGUGAGUGUCCAGCGCCUCCUGCAGCUGUACCGCGCCGCCGACCUGCACGAGGAGAAGGACCGCAUCAGCCGCGCGCUCGGCGCCGUCAAGGACCCCGCGCUGCUCAAGCGCGUGCUCGACUUCGCCAUCUCGGUGAGUGUCCAGCGCCUCCUGCAGCUGUACCGCGCCGCCGACCUGCACGAGGAGAAGGACCGCAUCAGCCGCGCGCUCGGCGCCGUCAAGGACCCCGCGCUGCUCAAGCGCGUGCUCGACUUCGCCAUCUCGGUGAGUGUCCAGCGCCUCCUGCAGCUGUACCGCGCCGCCGACCUGCACGAGGAGAAGGACCGCAUCAGCCGCGCGCUCGGCGCCGUCAAGGACCCCGCGCUGCUCAAGCGCGUGCUCGACUUCGCCAUCUCGGUGAGUGUCCAGCGCCUCCUGCAGCUGUACCGCGCCGCCGACCUGCACGAGGAGAAGGACCGCAUCAGCCGCGCGCUCGGCGCCGUCAAGGACCCCGCGCUGCUCAAGCGCGUGCUCGACUUCGCCAUCUCGGAUGAAGUUCGUUCUCAAGACACUGUGUUCGUGGUAGUGUCUGUGGCAGUGAGUCGGAACGGGCGCGACCUCGCCUGGGAGUUCUUCAAAGAUCACUGGAAGGAGUUCAUGGAUCGCUAUCAGGGUGGUUUCCUCCUGGCUCGGCUGGUGAAGUCGACGACGGAGAACUUCGCGUCGGAGGCGUGCGCGCUGGACAUCGAGGAGUUCUUCCGCACGCACCACUCGCCCGGCGCCGAGCGCUCCGUGCAGCAGGCGCUGGAGACCGUGCGCCUCAACGCGGCCUGGCUGCGCCGCGACCUGCCCUCCACCACCGCCUACCUGCAGGCCUACCACUGACGCCGCCGGGUGAGUGUCGCCAACAUGACCGCACAGGGCACGCACCACUCGCCGUCCGUGCAGCAGGCGCUGGAGACCGUGCGCCUCAACGCAGCCUGGCUGCGCCGCGACCUGCCCUCCACAACCGCCUACCUGCAGGCCUACCACUGACGCCGCCGGGUGAGUGUCGCCAACAUGACCGCACAGGGCACGCACCACUCGCCGUCCGUGCAGCAGGCGCUGGAGACCGUGCGCCUCAACGCAGCCUGGCUGCGCCGCGACCUGCCCUCCACAACCGCCUACCUGCAGGCCUACCACUGACGCCGCCGGGUGAGUGUCGCCAACAUGACCGCACAGGGCACGCACCACUCGCCGUCCGUGCAGCAGGCGCUGGAGACCGUGCGCCUCAACGCGGCCUGGCUGCGCCGCGACCUGCCCUCCACCACCGCCUACCUGCAGGCCUACCACUGACGCCGCCGGGACCAAAUAACGAAAGACUGAAGUUCAACGAAGACCGAUUAUUUCAAUCUUACAAGAUGUAUUGAAAGUUGACUGUAUUUAUUUUCUAUCUAACAUAUUUCUGUUUAUGAUUACGUAAGUAUAUGUGCUAAUUCAUAUAAAAUCGUUCUAUUAAUGUAACUUCCCAUGUCACUUCUGAUCCCACUGUAGGGAUAAAUAGCAUUUUAUAAAAAGGGUACGCAAAAUAGUUUAUAGCAAAUUGUUUUUGGUAAUAUUCGAAAAUAUCUAUGAACUAUGAUGAUUGUUGAUGUUUAUUUUAUUAAAUUUAUGUUUUAAAAUGUUUCACAUAUACAAUGUUGCCUUGGUUAAACAAAAUGAAGCCGUAACAUAUAGGCAUGUUGUGUAAAUGUGUAAAAAAAUAUAUUAAUUUAUAUUAAGAUAUAUUUUUAGUCUCAUUGGUGCUCAGUGCAUUUCAAAUUUGUUUCCCAGGAGUAUAAUAUACAAAUAUAUUAUACAUAAUUAGUUUAUUAUAAGAGCUAUCAUCUAAAAUUGUAUGCUCUAAUCUAAAUAUUAUAAUGCUAUAAAAUUAUUAUAUAUUUGUGUAAUAAUGUCACAUUAAAAUAGAAAAAAUAAAUUGUGAUGUAUGAAUUAUAAUUGAAGUUACCAUCGUUUAUAAUAGUGUCUCAUUUGUUGUCAUGGUUUGUUUGUAAGACUGUGUUAUUGCAAUAAAUCGUACAAAAGUACCUGUAAA